UUCAAAUACUGUCAAAUUUAAGAUGGCUGCUUGUGUAAAGUUUCUUCGUUUAAAUGCUAAUUGUGUGGAGAAAUGUCAUUUGCUCAUUCUGUUUGUUAAUUUCUUUUUGAUUCGCACAAGUUGCAAGGAAGAUUACUAUAGUAUCUUGGGUAUUGAUAGAAAUGCAAAUGUUGAGGAAAUAAAACGUUCUUACCGUCGUCUAGCCAAAGAAUGGCAUCCUGAUCGAACUAGAAGAUCUGGUGCUGAAGAAAAAUUUAUUGAGAUCAACAAAGCUUACGAGGUUUUGUCAGAUUCUAAUAGAAGAUCAGAAUAUGACAGAUUUGGUGAAACAGGAACAGCAAAUUAUCCUGAACAAAAAUUUCACUUUUUUUAUGGAAACGAGUUCAUGUUCUUUAAUGGCAUGCCUAACAACAAAAGGCAUGAAGAUUUAAUAACUACAAAAUUUUAUCAAUAUUCAAUUUUACCUGAAAGCAGAAAAAAAAUAUAUUUGCUCAAGAUUAUUUCAAAUUGGUGUUUGUCAUGUUCUGCUACAGAAGAUAUCUGGGAAGAUCUCUCUCGUGAUUUGCAAAGAAAUGGCAUUGGAACUGGACGAGUGAAUAAAAAUUUUGAUCCUAUUGCUCAGUUAUUGGAUGUAAGGAGGUUGCCUGACUUUGUUGCUGUUAUCUAUGGUAGAUUAUAUCAUUUUACUGGUAUUGUUAGUGUUGAAAAUUUGAAGAAGUUUGUAAGUGAUUUGAUCUCUUCUUAUCACUAUAUUCAUGAGCUUACUGACGGCAACUUUGAAGAUUUUUUAAGUCAUUGGUAUGACAAUAAACCACGGGUAGUACUGCUAACAACCAAGAAAGAACCACCAUUGCUUUUAAAAACUGUGGUAUUUAAAUAUAGACAUUAUAUCGGUGUUGGUUAUGCCCAAACUACAAAAAAUCCAAAACUAAUAAACAACUUUAGUGUAUCAAAAACUACUCCAUCAUUGAUGAUAUUUAAAGAGAAUGUUAGAUUUCCUCAUAUUUUUUUGAAGGGUUCGGAUCUAAAAGCUGGAGCUUUGGAGUUGGCAAUUUUCAACAAUUUGUAUUUGAAUCUUCCUCGACUUUCUUCACAAAUGAUUUUCCAAAGUUUUGCCCUUAUCAACCUUACUCCAGAGCAUUUUAAUGAACGAGAAGUCAAGAAGUGUCUGUAUAAACAAUCGAGAUCAAAGAAGAUUGCCAUUUUACGUCGUGUUAAAGAGAACGAAAUUCGUUAUACUUGGUUUGAAAAUGGCUGGUGUGGAGUUGAGGACGUUAAGCGUCUUUCUCAUUUUCUCAAAAAAGUACAGCGAGGGGAAAUAGACCUGGAACUAAAAGCUGUUCUCCCAAAUUUAAAUGACGAACACAAGAAAGAUAUUGGUGGUCGAAUACUUGAUCUUUGGCGUGAUAUACACUAUUAUUCCAUUCAUUAUAUUAAUUGGUCUAGUCAUUUACCUAAGAUUUCUUUAGUGAUGACCGCUCUUAUGGUUAUUUUCAUCAGCGUCAUCUUUCCAUUUCUUUCCGAAAAAGAAGAUAAGAAAAAAGACUCGCUAAAAACUGAAGACGUUUUUGGGUUAAUUGAGUUGAACUCUGUCACACAGAAUCAAGUUAUUCAACAAUGUCCCUCAGGACACCUAGUCGUCAUUCUGUUAUCAGAUGCAAUGUCAGGAUAUGAGGCUUUUUACUCACCAAUUGUGAAAACUUUUGCGAAUAUCAUUCAGCCUUUUCGUCGUGAAAGCAUUUUUAAAAUGGGAUGGUUAUCAAUUCCUCGCUAUAUUGCAUGGUGCAAUGAAGUAAUGAAUGUUCAAACGUUUGGUAAGAUCACCCCAGGCACGGUCCUCGUUCUCAAUCCAAAAAAGAAAUAUCUUUCAAUAUUUAAGAUCAAUAAAAUAACCCCAAGUGAUCCUGGAAGUGUUUUUGAUGAUUUCGAAGAAGAGGAAAUGUCCUCUUGUCAAAACAAAACGAUUUUCAGUGAAGACAAGAGAACACAAAAACGAACUGCGUACGAACUAGGGCAACAAUUCCCAAGAUGGAUGGAAAAAUUAUUGCAAGGUAUGAUUGCGCGUGUAAAAUUGGAAAAUUGGCCGCACCUAGAAUCGGACGAAUGCUUUUCAUAAAGCUCAUAUCAAAACAAUUAAACAUUUAAAGCAGAUAAACUGCACAUUGUAAAAUAUGUACAUUUUUUUUAACGUCCUCAAAAUAUAAUGCACACGAAUAAAAAAUACUUAUUUUUUGUCCA